GUUGGCUGAAUGCGAUGGCGGACUGCUAUGUCCCCAGACCUUACCAGAGAUCGAAGGGAGAAAGUCAUUGAAUUUGCACCGGAACCGUUAUAUCGUAAUCAAACCACCUGUUAUAGGGCGGGAGGAUUCUUUUCUGCCAUCCCUCUUAAGAAUAGUAUGGGACAGAGUUAAUUUGGAGUACGUUAUUUUGGACAAGACAGAGUGCGCUAGUGCAGGCUGCCGCAUGCGAGCCAGCAAGUUGACAGAUAUAACAAAACUCGAGUCAACAGGGGACAGUCCUAAAAGGAAUUACGGAGGUUGAAGAUAUAGCUGCUACAACAAAAUGAAAUUCGCGGAGCACCUUUCGUCUCAUAUUACUCCGGAAUGGAGGAAACAGUACCUUCAAUAUGAGGCGUUCAAGAGUAUGUUGUAUGCAGCCCAGGACCAGGCCCCAUCCAUAGAAGUCACAGAUGAAGACACUGUCAAGAGAUACUACGCCAAGUUUGAGGAGAAGUUUUUCCAGAACUGUGAGAAAGAGCUUCUGAAGAUCAACACAUUCUAUUCAGAGAAACUUGCUGAAGCACAGAGGCGUUUCGCCACCCUGCAGAAUGAGCUGCAGUCGUCUCUGGAUGCGCAGCGGGAGAGCAAUGCCCCAGGCCUCCGCAAACGCAAGACAGUGUUCCACCUGUCCCAGGAGGAACGCUGCAAACACCGCAACAUCAAGGACCUGCAGCUGGCCUUCUCCGAGUUCUACCUCAGCCUCAUCCUGCUGCAGAACUACCAGAAUCUGAACUUCACAGGUUUCCGUAAAAUCCUGAAGAAGCAUGAUAAGAUCCUGGAGACCCCCCGCGGGGCUGACUGGCGUGUGGCCCAUGUGGAGGUGGCCCCUUUCUACACCUGUAAGAAGAUCACUCAGCUCAUCUCUGAGACAGAGGCUUUGGUGACCACAGAGCUGGAGGGAGGGGACCGUCAGAAAGCCAUGAAGAGGCUGAGAGUGCCUCCACUGGGGGCAGCACAGCCUGCUCUAGCCUGGACUACCUUCCGCGUUGGCCUCUACUGUGGGGUCUUCAUAGUCCUCGCUAUCUCCUUCCUCCUCACUGGUGCUGUACUCAUCCGGUAUGAGAACGUGUGGCCUCUGGUGCGUAUCUACCGAGGUGGCUUCCUGCUGAUUGAAUUCCUCUUCCUGUUGGGCAUUAACACCUACGGCUGGCGCCAGGCGGGGGUCAACCACGUGCUCAUCUUCGAGUUGAACCCUCGCAGCAACCUCUCCCACCAGCACCUGUUUGAGAUUGCUGGUUUCCUGGGGGUGCUGUGGUGUUUGAGCAUCCUGUCCUGUCUGUACUCUGAGUACACCAUGCUGCCCAUGCAGGUCAACCCUCUCAUCCUCUACGGCUUCAUGCUCCUCUUCCUCAUCAACCCCUUCAAGACUGGCUACUACAAGUCCCGCUUCUGGCUGCUCAAACUGCUGUUCCGUGUGUUCACGGCGCCGUUCCACCGCGUGGAGUUUGCAGACUUCUGGCUGGCCGACCAGCUCAACUCUCUGGUGAUUGUACUGAUGGACCUGGAGUAUCUCAUCUGCUUCUACAGCUUUGAGCUCAAAUGGACCGACCGCAAAGGCCUCCUGCCCAUGUUCAACGGUGAUUACACGUGCCAUAGUUACUCCUACGGUCUCCGUGCCAUCAUCCAGUGUCUUCCCGCUUGGUUCCGUUUCGUGCAGUGCCUCCGUCGGUACCGAGACACCAAGCGAGCUUUCCCUCACCUUGUCAACGCUGGCAAAUACUCCACCACUUUCUUUGUGGUCACCUUCGCCGCACUCUACAGCACCCACAAAGAACAAAAGCAUUCUGAUGCAGACAUGUUCUUCUACCUGCUGGUGGUGUUCUCAGCCGUCAGCUCCCUGUACACUCUGAUCUGGGACCUGAAGAUGGACUGGGGCCUGUUUGACCGUGGAGCAGGAGAGAACACCUUCCUCAGGGAGGAGAUCGUCUACCCACAGAAAGCAUACUACUACUGUGCCAUCAUAGAGGACGUGAUCCUGCGUUUCGCCUGGACCAUCCAGAUCUCCCUCACCACCAUGACCAACAUCCCCUCUGUGGGAGACAUUGUGGGCACAGUGCUGGCGCCUCUAGAGGUGUUCAGGCGUUUUGUCUGGAACUUCUUCCGUCUGGAGAACGAGCACCUGAAUAACUGUGGUGAGUUCCGUGCCGUGAGGGACAUCUCAGUGGCUCCGCUGAAUGCUGACGACCAGACACUGCUGGAGCAGAUGAUGGACCAGGAGGACGGAGUCAGGAACCGCCAGGGCAAGAAGAGCUGGAAGCGCAGCUACAGCCUGUCUCUACGACGCCCUCUGAUGUCCUCUCAAUCAUCCAAGAAGGACACCAAGGUGUUGAUAGAGGAUACGGAUGAUGAGACCUUCAGCUGAGCCCAGGGCACCAGCUCUACACCCCCAGUGAUCUUAUCACUCCAUCACAGAGCUGCCUCACCACACACACACAUCGGCAGACAUAGGCAGACAGACAGACAAGACAGACAAGACAAGACAGACAGACAAGACAGACAAGACAGACAAGACAGACAGACAGACAGACAGACAGACAGACAGACAGACAGAAACUAAUACAUACAUGCAGAGACACACACAACAAUUAACUUACUCAAGCACAAUCUCAGUGUAUGAUAUUGGUAUAGAUGAGUUGGAAUUACACACACAGUUCUGUUGUUCAGACCAAGAGGGAUACAGACAGGAACAUAUUGGAGAAAAAAACACCCAGACCUGGGAUUUUCCAAUGAGUACUUUUAUUUAACAGACUCCUUUAGUUUCUUUUCUUUAUGUUAAUACUUUUUAGUUUGUAUAUUUGUUUUUGUAGUUCUUUGCCAUUUUUAAAGCUGUAAUAAUAGAGAAUAAACAACUGUUUACAUGCAUUUAGUAUAUCAGGAUCAACAGGGAUAAGACAUAUUAAUCAAAAAGACUAAUAAUAAUAACCAACCCGAGCAUGGACUCUGCAACAUUAACCACAGCACAUUAACCACAUCAACUGGUUUCAACCUGUUGCUUCUUUUUCUACUCUGCGUUUUGGGUUGAUUUUUUUUAUUGAGUUGUAAUAAUGAAGUCGGUGUAAAACCCAGGCGGCACUUGCAGGAAAAGUGCAUUUCAUACAAACAAACCAAAACAACUUGUACAAAAAUAUCAUUUGACCAUAUGAGUCUGUUAAAAUUGCUUUGUAUAUUUGUUAAUGUGCGUUAUGUGGAUGUCAGAACUAUUAUGUACCCCAUGUAUUAUAUAGAAGAAUGACAAUAGCUUGAGCAUCUGUGCAAUGAUAUUGAUGUGUUUCUCAAUGGUGGGAAUGUUGUUAGACUUGUGCCAUGCUUUCUAGAAGCCGUUGUUGUCGAAGAGUACAAACUCUUCAGGUGGCUCAUUCUCCCUCUCAUACAAGCUUGGCCCACAGAUCAGUUAGUCCGCAACAUGUUACAACUUCAAAGUUAUCUAAUUAGCUCAUGGCAAGUGCCCUACACGUGCAAAACUGUACUUUGCUUUUCUGCCAAACGUGUUAUUUUAAUUAGUGUCGUUUGCUGGCGUAUCAUCAACCAUCUAGCUAGCCUGAGAAGAAUGGUCUGCUCUGUGCGGCGGUGGAGGAGUUGAGAAGACUGAGUGAGCGGUUUUUCCAUUUUUCUGCCCUUUAGGAAAACGAUCCCAUUCUCUUUUGAUCAGUCAACAACUGAAACGGCACUGUGACUGUUUUUCUAUUGCAGUGUUUUCUACUGAUGGUGUGGGGCACUUUGCGUCUGUUCUGUUGUUUUGCUAUC